CCCGUCGGGCUGGCAGCGCCACUUGCUCCACUCGUCCGGCAUCGUCGUCGCGCGGAACGUCAGCGAGAUCCGCUGGCCGGCGGCGCCGUACUUGAUGUCCGCGGGCUUGAUCGAGUGGUUGAACUUCCAGCGCGCAUCGCCCGUGAAGACGAGGAGGCUCCGCGGCGGGAGGCGGACGCGGAGCGGCGCGAGGUUACGGUACCGGGCGAGCUUCUCGGACUCCUUCAGCUCGAAGGUCAUCACCGUCUCCGCCGCGAGCGUCAGCAGGCAGACCGUCGGCCCAGACCAGGGGUCAUCGGAGUGGGCGCCGAUCUGGCCGUCCGGCGGCGUGUAGCGCAGGCAGUCGAGCCGCGUCGGCAGGAAUGCCGGCAGCCCGAGGUCGUUGAUGCUGCGCGCGAGCGGCUGCGCCCACUCCGGAAUCGGCGGCGGCGCCUCCGCGGGCGGGUCCGGGCCCUUUAUCGGGACCUUCUCGUACGUGCCCGCGCGAGGCGUGCCCGCCCAUACUUUCUGCGCCCGGCGGUUCAUCACGCACGGGUAGCCGCCCUGGUUCUCCGUGCCGAAACCCAUGUGCCGGUGCACGCGCCCCGCGCCACUGAUGUGGUUCCCACCCAGCAGGACCGGCUCGACGGCGCGCACGAGGUCGCGCUCCUCGUCGGCCGUCACGAAAUCGUGGAACACGACCAGGCCCUUCACGGGAGGCACGGUGUGGGCGCGCACGCGGUCCGGGAGCCCUACGACCCCACCGGAUUUGAACGACGCGGGAUCCUCGAGGUACGAAUUGACCGGCCGUUCUCGACCCAUCAUGGCUUUGAACGGGUUUCUCUUCUUCGCCGGCGGCUGCUCGUGCGAGGAGGAAUCGUCCCGGUCGCGCUUGCGCGGCGGCGCGGGCGCGGGCGCCUCGUCGUCCGACGACGACGCGAGCUCCAGCGGUGCUGCAGCGUCGCCGCUGCCGCCGAUGAUCCGCGGCGACGACGGCUUCGUCGCAUCCUCGGCGUCGACAUCGAUGGCAGCAGCCAGGGAGGCCAUGGCCAAGCUAUGCGAGACGCAGGUAGCGAUGCAAAAUUCUACCGCAGCAGUGCGCAGGAGUGUAUGACACUACCAAAUCGCUAGCAAAACGCGAAUGCAGAGGAGUGCGCGCCCCGCCACGCU